AUGGAUAAUAUCAUCGAGAAUUCUUUAAGCUUCUGGUAAUCAAGACUCAAUACAACAACUAAGGAUCAAACAUCAAUCCUCAUAAUUCCUAAAAAAAUAUCAAUUGUAGACAGAGUAGUAAUAAAAUCAGCAUACUUUUGGAACAAGAUGGCUGAUGAAUUCUUAGCUAAAGGUUCCACAAAUAGAUCAAUGGAAAGUUUGUCAUCUAAAUCAAAUAAACAUUAGAUAUCUGAUUGUUGA